AUGGAGGAGUCUACAACAUAUGGUUCUCCAGCUCAUGAUAUUUCUCCUCAGGAUCAUUCAAUCCUUGCGCAACCGCCGCUGCAGGGGCAGGGAGCUUACGCCGAGGCGCACGACAUGCCAAUGGCUGAGGGUAUGGCUGGCGAGGCGACUAUCAAGCAUGAUAGUGCAACCCCUGGACCAGGAGCUGCCAACGAAGUAUCCAAAUUACCCGAUGUUCCAGGCGCUGAUACGGUCAAUAUUGAUGCAGAAAUGGGCGAUGCCCUUGCAGGCGUAUCGAAAGAAAAAGCGCCAUCCGCUCUGGGCGACGCAGCUGUCAAUACUAUAGACGCGAAGUCAAAGGAGACGGUCGAGUCUGCAGCUCGCGAGCAUCUCGUUUCUCAAACUCAUGCAAUCGUCCUCCCCAGCUACAGUACUUGGUUCGAUAUGAACGGCAUACAUCAUAUCGAACGCAAAGCGAUGGCCGAAUUCUUUAACAAUCGUAACAGAAGCAAGACACCAGCUGUGUAUAAAGACUACCGCGACUUUAUGAUCAAUACCUAUCGGUUAAAUCCGGCCGAGUACCUCACUGUCACGGCAUGUCGCCGCAACUUAGCAGGUGAUGUUUGCGCUAUCAUGAGAGUGCACGCCUUUCUUGAGCAGUGGGGUUUAAUAAACUACCAAGUAGAUGCGGAACAAAGACCAUCACACGUCGGUCCUCCAUUUACCGGCCAUUUCAAAGUUAUUUGUGAUACUCCACGGGGUCUCCAACCCUGGCAGCCUUCAGCAGAUCCCAUCGUUUUGGAAGGCAAGAAGAACAGCGAUACAGAUAAGAAGUCAGGAAAUGUGCCGACUGGGAAGGGCGACCUGAACCUCGAAAUCGGCCGCAAUAUUUAUGAAGCCAACUCCAAGGGAACACCUGUGAACAAAAUUGAAGGCAACUUGAAUGGAGAAAAGCCGCCUACAAAGGGCGUAACUGAUGCAAUCGAUGGUAACGCGGCCACCCUUGCCAAGGUGAACUGCCAUCAAUGUGGUAAUGAUUGCACACGCAUAUAUUACCACAGCAAUCAGACGGACUUAGCAACAAAAUCGAAAUACGACCUAUGUCCGAACUGCUUUACGGAGGGUCGUCUGCCUGCUAACCAUUUGUCAAACAUGUAUUCCAAGAUUGAUAAUCCCAACUAUACCUCUGUCACAGACCGAGAGGCUCCAUGGUCCGAUGCUGAAAUUCUCCGUUUGUUGGAAGGACUUGAGCGUUUUGACGAUGAUUGGGGAGAGAUUGCCGAUCACGUUGGCACAAGAACACGGGAAGAAUGCGUACUGCAGUUUCUGCAGUUGGAUAUUGAAGAAAAGUACCUUGACUGUGAGGCGCCUAUUAACGCGCCCACCGGGUUAUCGAUGCUCGGAGCACAGCACGGCCAUUUACCCUUCAGCCAAGUCGAUAAUCCUGUCAUGUCUGUCAUUGGAUUUCUUGCUAGCUUGGCGGACCCUGCGAGUACAGCCGCAGCUGCUCAUAAAUCUGCUGAAGAACUGAAGAGGAGUCUGCGCAAGCAACUUAAUAGUCAUCAGGGCUCGCAGGGGGUCAACGGGCAAGAAAAUAGUGGCGACAAGGAAUUAAAAAUCCAUCCGCAGGAAUAUAGCCAAGCGCGGGAAGGAGGCGAAUCAAUGGAUCUCGACCCCGACCAUGAGAGCACCAUUACGACUACGGAGAAGAAUACAGCUCUUGCAUCUAUUCCUUUGGCCUCAAUCGGAGCCCGUGCUGCAGGCUUCGCAUCCCAUGAAGAGCGUGAAAUGACUCGUCUCGUUUCCGCUGCCACAAACGUCACUUUGCAAAAACUAGAAUUGAAACUUAAAUAUUUCAAUGAGGUCGAAGCCAACUUGCGGGCGGAAAGACGGGAAUUGGAACGAGGGCGGCAACAACUUUUACUAGACCGAUUGUCUUUCAAGCGUCGUGUGGGGAAGGUUAUGGAGAGUUUGCAGGCCGCGGCAGCUAUUGAUGGGGAGAACGGGAUAUGUAUAGCGCAGGAAGCUAUUCAAGCAGAGAGUGAAACUUUAGGAUUUCAACGUGUCGCUGGCGAGUCAUUUGUUCUGCCAUUGAGCAGCAAUGGACAAAUCAAGAGUUACGAGGCUUAA